GAACGCAUCAAAAUAAAUUCUGACAGUACUUUCUCACACGGUCGCGAGACAGACAAUCAUUACUCACCAUGCGAAGGAUGGCGGAGGAGAUACAACCUAUCAAGGAGCAGAGCUCCUGGAUAUUAAGUUGGCUUCCCUCUUGGUGUCCCACCUCUCCCUCUCAGCUGAAAGAUGCAGAAGAAAAAAUGCUCAAGAGUGUAAAGAGGCCUUUCUCCAGGCAGCAUGUCCGGAUAUCCAGCGACAACUAUCUGUGGACGGUAGCGUUUUCCACUCAGCCGCAGCCAUGCUCCCCGUCUUGCCCUCAGCCCCCUGCCCAGCAAAGGCCUCCUCUGGUUCUUCUGCAUGGCUUUGGGGGUGGAGUUGCACUUUGGGCCCAAAACCUGGACUCUCUCUCCAGCAGUGGGCCGGUCUACGCCUUGGACUUGCUGGGCUUCGGCAGGAGCAGCCGUCCCCAGUUCAGCACUGACCCAGAGGGGGCUGAGGAGCAGUUCUUGGCGGCCCUGGAGGAGUGGAGGGAGAAGGUAGGACUGGAGGAAAUGGUGCUGCUGGGACAUAACCUCGGAGGAUACCUGUCUGCUGCCUACACUCUCAAACACCCACACAGGGUAAAACAACUGCUUCUGGUGGAACCUUGGGGGUUUCCAGCGCGUCCUGAGAACCCCAACCACAACUCCAUCCCAGUGUGGAUCAGAGCCAUGGGGGCUGUCAUGAGCCCCUUCAACCCUCUGGCUGGACUCAGACUGGCUGGGCCUCUAGGUCCAAUGCUGGUCCAGACCAUCAGGUCUGAUUUCAAGCAGAAAUACUCCUCUGUGUUUGAUGACAACACUGUAUCUGAUUAUAUCUACCACCUGAAUGCCCAGACUCCAAGCGGAGAGACAGCCUUUAAGAAUAUGACCAUCCCCUACGGCUGGGCUAAGAGGCCUAUGCUGGAGAGGAUCGGGCAGGUCCAGGCUGACAUUCCCAUCUCCUUCAUCUAUGGAUCACGCUCCAGCAUUGACAGUGACUCUGGAUACGCUUUCAAAGAAAACAGACCAGAUGUGGAAAUAACAGUGAUCAGAGGAGCGGGCCAUUACGUGUUUGCCGACCAGCCAGAUGACUUCAACCAGGUAGUCCUUCAGAUCCUCGCCAGGACGGAGAAGAAAAGUGCAGAUGAAGGAAGGAAGCAGUGAGAGUUCCUUUGUUCGGACAGCGCACAAAUUUAUUACACAACCACAAGAGUUCAACUGUAAGCCUCUUUAUCAUGCACUUUACCCAUCGCGACUGAAGACACUUUAGUCAUCAUUCCAAACUCAGGCACUCUCCAAGGCUUGAGGUCAAAGGUCAGAUGGUGCCACACAGAUCUUUAUCCAGCCUCGUGUAAAUAAGUUUUGUAAAUAAAUAUGAGAUGCAGUCUG